UUCUGGAGAGUGCUAGAUACCAACGUGGAGAUGUCUUUGAGAACGUUACUUGACUGCAAAGGGAACCCCUACACACUACUGGACGUAGAUGGAACAUACUUUCCUGACAGUUUCAAUGGGGAAACUGUGAAGAACAUUUCCAGCGUCAACAUCCGUGACGAUGAUGUGCUGCUGUGUGGCCACGCACGAUCAGGAACACAUCUAACAUUUGAACUGAUCCAUAUGCUGAUAAGAAGAAAAGCGGAACUGAGUCCUCUUGAAAAGGAGACUCAGACGCUAGAAUUGCAACCAGAAGAGGUUGUGAGUUGUCUCCCAUCACCAAGGAUUCUGAAUACGCAUGUCCAGUUUCACUUAUUGCCAACACAAGUGCGAAAGAAGAAAACAAAGAUUAUCUACUUGAUGCGAGACCCAAGGGAUGUGAUCGUGUCUCGAUUUGUUGUGACGAAUCAAUAUAGGACAAAUGAACGCACAAUGGUGGGAUUUGAUGAAUACCUGGUAGCUUCGGUUGAGGGAAAAGUUGCCUGGGGCUCCUGGUUCGAUGAUGUUAUAUCUUGGGAGAAAGUUAUGAGUGAGUCCGACCAUCCAGUGUUGAUUGUCAGAUACGAAGAGACCAAGCAGAAUCCGUUCCGUGUGAUCAGGAGUAUUUCAGAAUUUCUCAACAUAAAGUGUCCAGAUCAGCUAGUCCGUGACAUAGCUAUUCAAUCUGAUUUUAAACACAUGAAGACAGCAAAGGGAGACAUUGCUGAUAAACGAGAUGGUGAGGCCAUCCACUACAGAAAAGGCAUUAUUGGCGACUGGAAGAACUGGUUCACUGCUGUCCAGACAAAGGACUUCAAUGACAUUUACACGCAGAAAAUGAAGCAUUCCAAAUUUUAUAAUUGGUACUUGUAGAGCGUGUUUGUGGUGUUGUUUACAAAAGAGAAUGUCGAAUGUCCUAACAUUCUAUGCUUCAUUAAGCUGAUGAGUAAGUAAGACUUACAAGAAGGUUUACAAGAAUGAAUUUUUCACAUUGUGUAGCUCAUGUGGGAAAUCGAACCCGGGCCAUCAGCGUGACAAGCGAGCACGUUCACCACUAAGUUAUGCACGGGCUUCAAGAGUGUAGAGAUGAUUUGUGUAAUUCAAGGAAGAGUCCUUGAAACAUAUAUCAAAUAAAUAUGCUUAGAUUAAGAUACUGUAUUGGAUCUCUUGAAAAUAAAACACUCACAACGAG